AUGUCGGAAGUCUCUGUGAUCCCAGCCCCGCCGGGCAUCACGGUCGACUUUGACCACCCGAGGCAGCAAAAGGUGCUGGAGCAUUAUCUUCUCUUUGGUAUUGGCGGUACGAUUGCCUUUAUCGCCCUGUGCCAGAGAUUUUACACCAAAUUAUUUCUUUCCAAAGGACUGCAAGUUGAUGAUGCUUUCAUGUUUCUGGGAUGGGUAACUGACCAGAUUGAUACAGCUUCUAUCGCUGAAGGUGGCAUGUGCGUCCAUGCUUGGGAGAUGCCGAUGUCAAGAUUUGUGCGCUACUCCAUCACCACCUACGUAACAGCGCCUGUCUUCAUGCUGUGCAAUGGCUUCACCAAGUUGUCUCUUUUGACAUUCUACCUUCACCUUUCUCCGCAGAAGUGGUUUAGAAUAUCAGUAUGGACGGGCAUCGCGGUAGUCUCCCUAUAUACAGCAUGCAUUACUAUUCUGAUGCUGUUCCACUGCAACCCCGUCAGGAAAGCUUUCGACUUCACCAUCACCGGGGGAAAGUGCCUCGACGUUGGUAUUCUAUACAUGGCUACGGCUGUUUCGAACAUCAUCACCGAUGUCAUGCUAUUCAUUUUACCGAUGCCCAUGAUCUUCAGUCUUCGCAUGAAGAUGGCAUCGAAGAUCGGCGCCGUUAUCAUCUUUGCCAUCGGAUCAAUGACGGUGGCCACCUCUGUCGUGAGACUUACCUACCUACCCCCGCUGCUCGUUAGCGUAGAUCCGUCAUGGGAUGCUGCACCUGCAAAUAUCUGGACAUUCGUCGAAGCCAACCUUUUUGUAAUCUGUGGUUCGAUGCCCACCCUGCGAAAAUUCUUCAAGCACUUCGCGCCGAAACUCAUGGGCUCCUCGACGAACCCAUCAUCCUACGCAGUCGGUGGAUACCGAAUGUCAUACGCGCAUCAAAGGUCAACCAAUGCUAUGAAAAGCAGGCAACGAAAACAAUACGAGCAAUUUCGAGACGAGAACGAGAUGCAUACUUUUCACUCCGACCGCAAGAGGACAAACGAAGAAGACCCUGGCUUCUCGUCCGUAGUAGUAGCCGGCGGGAGGGAGAGCGCUGACGACAUGAGUGACAAGGCGAUUCUACAGACCAAGACCGUCACGAUACAGCGCGAUUGA